ACAAGUCCGGACUUUUCCCCAUUUUAUGAAAUCCACUUCAUCUUUCACUCACAGUCCAUAGCUGUCUUCUCCAUCCUCCUCCUCCUCCUCCUCCCUCUUUCCCCCUUUCUACUUCCAAAAUUUUCGCAUUUCCUUUUUCCCUCCCAAACCAACUACUUUCCCCUUCUCUUUCUGCCAACUGCAGCAACGCAUCUGCUGUGUAUGUAUACUUUGUACUGUAUAUACACGACAGUCAACGCCGCCAUAGCUGAAGAAGCUUCGUCAGAGACCCAUGGAAGGAGGUCAACAGUACAGCAGCCCAAGAACUGUAGAGGAGGUUUUCCGGGACUUCAAGGGCCGGCGGGCGGCCUUAAUUAAAGCUCUCACUACUGAUGUUGAAGAAUUUUUCCACCAGUGUGAUCCAGAGAAGGAAAACCUUUGCCUUUACGGAUUCCCAAGUGAACAAUGGGAAGUGAAUAUACCAGCUGAAGAGGUACCCCCGGAGCUUCCGGAACCUGCUUUGGGAAUUAACUUUGCCCGAGACGGAAUGCAGGAAAAGGAUUGGAUUUCUUUGGUUGCGGUGCAUAGUGAUGCAUGGUUACUUUCUGUUUCUUUCUAUUUUGGUGCAAGAUUUGGGUUCGACAAAGCUGAUAGAAGGCGGUUGUUCAAUAUGAUAAACGACCUCCCCACAAUAUUUGAGGUCGUGACAGGGACAGCUAAGAAACAACAAAAGGAGAAGACAACCCACGACAGCAACAAGUCCAAAUCUAACUCUAACUCUAAGGUACUAUUUCCUCCCCUCCCAUAUUCAAACGUGUGAAUGGGUCGAGUUGGAACUCGUAUCCAGAACCGUAAAGAUCCAGGUCAACCAAAGUCUUGUCAAAUUGGUUCCUUGACAUGGUAUCAAAGCCUUCUUGACCUACAAGUCGCGGGUUCAAACCCUUACAUGAGUGGGUGUCAAGGAAUUUAUUCAACCAAGAACUCAAGCUUGUGCUUUUAGGCUCAUGAAAAGUUACUCCGUAUAUUCUAACACUAUGUUUGAUUCCAAGGAAUUCGGAAGGAAAAGAAAAUUGUUUUCUCUCAAUAUAUCUCACCAAAAUAGGAGGAAUCCUGUUUUCCCUUUUCUUAAUACAUUUUGAUUUCCACUUUUCUUUUCUUUUCCUCUAACAAACAAGAAAAAUUGUUUUCCAUC